AUGUUCGUAUUUGGCCCGAAAGAUUCUUAUAAAUUAUUUGAAACUGACAGUUUAUUGGAUAACCAAUCUGCAUCCACUCAAACAACCGAUAACAGAUCAUUUUUAAUUGAUGAAAAACAUUUCACUAUCGAUAUUUGUUCGAAUUUUAAUGAAUCGAAUCAAGUUAAUUAUGAAUCUAUUCGUCGAUUUCAAACAGAUCGUCUGACACUGUUUCUCUUUAUAAUUGAAGGUAAUACUGAUGGAAAAAUUGAUCCAGAAUCAAUAAUUACAUUUAAAAUUCUCAGUGAUAUUUACCUGUUCGAUACCAAAUCGUAUUUAUUUAUUGUCAAUGGUUCAUAUCCAAUUCAAGACCAAAAUACUAUGAAAAGUAAUAUUGAAUUAUUAUUGGAUCUUGAAGAUAUUCAGGUAAGUUUCAUAAAUUCGAAGUCACUAGAUUAUUUUGAAGUGUUGAUUCAAACACUUCGAAAAUGUAAGCCUAGCAUACCUUCUAAACAAAAAGAAUUUUCAUGGACAUAUCCAAAGAUUAAAGAAUUAAAAGAUCAAUUAGAGCAAAAACCAAAUUGCUUGAGUGAAAUCUAUUAUUUACAUAGUUUAUUGAAAGAAGCCAAUGUCAAAACAGAAGACAAUGAUGGUUUACUUGUAUUUUCGUAUAGAAAUAUUCAAUACUUUUAUGAUUAUAAGAAAAACAAAUUAAGUUGUAGCAAUAAUCAAGGUAUCAAACUUUUAGAUAAGAAAGGAUUCGACGAAAAUUUAAAUCAAUUCGAACUAAAACUGAAUAAAGGCGAUUUUGAAUUCGAAGAAACAUUAAAUAAUAGUUUAAUCAAAAUAAAAGAUCUUUAUAAAUCGGCUAUUAUUAAAGUUUUAUAUGAUGAGCAAGAGCGCAGAAAACAAAUACGUCAGGAUAAGAUAAGAAAAAAUGAUCAUGACGAAAAUGAUUUGAAAUUUUCUAUUGAGCAAGAUGAANNNAUUGAUUUAGUCAUGGAAAGUUGUGUUGAUUUAGAUUAUCAAUUGUUAAAUAAAUUAUGUUUAAAGCAAUUAUCUCUGUGGAAAUUACCACUUGAGAAAAAGAUUCUUUCGGAAGAACUAGAUCAAAUAGCUUUAUUUGAACAUGCGACUACGAUAGAUAAAUCGAUUACAGUUGAUUAUUUAUAUAAAAUAGAUGAAGAAAAAGGAAAAGAUAUUUUGACAAAUUUAUUAAUCCUUAUAAAAAACAUUCAAAUUCAAAAUGAUGAACUUGUUCUUAAUCAAUUAAAUAAUUCGUUAGAAGAGCUAACUUUUGGUGGUUUUACUUUAGAUAAAGAUAGUUUAAAUCAGUUAAAAGAUAAACCGUUUGAUCAAUGGAAAAAUAUUUUAAAAGAUCACACUGAAAGACAAUUUCAUGAAUUAAGUGUAGAGCAAUUGAUUGAAUUGAUGAAUGAAAAAACAGGUAAAGGAAAAAUAAAUGAGCCCAUUAAACAUUUAUUAAAAGGCCAACCCGAUGAAACAAAAAUACACAAAUUAUUAGAAAGAAUUUAUUCAUUUUAUGGUAAGAGAUUCAAUGAAAAGGAAAAAACAUUAAAAUAUGAAGAAGAAAAAUCAAAAAUUUGUAUUUCUUUAUCUGGCAAAUCAAUUAUGGAUUGGACAAAAGUUGAUAUUGGACAAUGGGCUGAUAAGUUAACAGAAGAAAAACGUUCGAAUCAAGAAUAUUUUCAUUGGGAUAGAGAAUAUGUUCCAGAAAUGAUGGCUGUCAUUGUACGAGCAGUAGAAUUAUAUCAUGGAUAUCAUCCUAGAAAUUUUCAAUUAAUCGCGUUAGGUAUAUUUUUAGAACCAUAUGGUAGAGAAAAAGGUAGAUUAGGUAAUAUAUCUACAGGUGAAGGAAAAUCAUUGAUUACUGCUAUGUUAGCAGCUGCACAAGCAUUGAUUGACAAAAAUGUUGAUAUUGUUACGAGUUCGCAAGUUUUAGCUAUUCGGAAUGCAAGCGACGAUCCAGAAGAAGGUUAUAAAGAAUUUUUUCAUUUAUUUGGUUUAAGAAUUAAUAAUAAUUGCGAUGAUGCUUGUGAAAAUCCAAGAACAGGUGAUGUUGAAUCAAAUAAACAUGGAGAAAUUUUAAUUAUGGAUAAAGAUACAGGUGUUGAACAAUUGAAUACACGUUGGAGUAAUAGAUUACAUCAAUUUUUACAAUUAAAACAUUGUGGAAAAUUAAAUGAUGAAAGUUUAAAAGCAAUUUUUAUGUCGAAUGUGAACUUUUUCAAACUUUAUAAGAAUUUAAAUGGGAUGAUUGGGACCAUAGGUGGUUAA